GGGGCCGCUCGCUGCCUCAGCGCUGGGGGUGGGCGGCGCGGUGCGGCGCGGCGGGCUGCGGGGUGAUGGAGCCGCGGGCCCUCGCCCCGCCACGCAGCGCCCGCUGAGGCCCGGCCGCCGCCACCGCCAUCGUCCCCGGGGAAAUGGCCACCGAGCCCCCGCGGCCAGCGGAGGAGGCCGAGGCCCAGCCGCCGCUCGGCGCCGCCCCGGGCCCGGCGGCGGCUGUGGAGGGCGGCGGGCGGCGGCGGGGGCUGAACGGCUGCGUGCCGCUGUCGCACCAGGUGGCCGGGCACAUGUACGGCAAGGAUAAAGGCGGUAUACUGCAGCAUCCAGAUGGGACUGUCCUGAAGCAGCUGCAGCCACCACCUCGAGGUCCCAGGGAGCAGGAGUUCUACAACAAGGUUUAUGACUCUGACUGUUGCGACAGCAUUCUUCUGGAGCUGCGGGAGUAUCUGCCAAAAUACUUCGGUGUCUGGUCACCACCUACUGCACCAAAUGAUAUGUAUCUAAAACUGGAAGAUGUGACCCGUAAGUUUAAUAAGCCUUGCAUAAUGGACGUAAAAAUAGGGCAGAAAAGUUACGAUCCGUAUGCUUCAGCUGAGAAGAUACAGCAGCAGGUCAGCAAGUACCCGCUGAUGGAAGAGAUUGGCUUUUUGGUACUUGGCAUGAGGGUUUACCAUGUCUCUUCUGACAGCUACGAGACGCAAAACCAGCACUACGGAAGGGGCUUGACGAAGGAAACAGUAAAGGAUGGCAUCGCCAAGUUUUUCCACAACGGGUACUGCCUGAGAAAAGACGCGAUUGCUGUUAGCAUUCAGAAGAUUGAAAAAAUUUUGGCGUGGUUUGAGGGCCAGAAGCAACUCAACUUUUAUGCAAGCUCGUUACUGUUUGUUUAUGAAGGUUCGUGUCAGGCAACAACCGUGCGAUUGAGCGAUGUCACCUUGGCAGAGAAGAGGGGAGUGCCCAAAGGACUGUUAUCAGGUGGAGACAUACUGGAGUAUAAUAACAACAUUCAUGUAAUAAAUUCUACAGAGAAUGGAAAAAUUGAGGCCUCCGUAAGUAAAGGCUUGUCCAAAUUUUAUGCACUUCACAAAAAGGCAUACUCUAAGAGGCACCACAGUCAGCUCUCGCUAAAAGUUGAAAACUUGGAGCAAGACAACGUGUGGAAAAGCAGCACUUGCAUCACACAGGAGCAUCUGAAUGGAAAUGUUAUACCCCAACUGGAAAAAGUUUUCUGUCACAUGCCAGCAGAGAUCAAGGAAAGCGUAAACGUAGAAGUGCGAAUGAUAGAUUUUGCUCACGUGUUUCCUAGCAACACAAAGGAUGAGGGAUACAUUUAUGGUCUGAAAAAUUUAAUCACAGUACUUCAAAAUAUUUUGGAUAACUAGAUUCUUUGUUAUGGUUUUUACUGGGGGCCAACGAUAAUGAAGAGCAACAACAUGACGAAUUUCUGCACUUGUAAUGCUGUAUAACUGGGUUUGUAUUGUUCUACUCUAUUUUAUUUGUCUUUGUACUUUUGGUAGAAGGGUUUAACUUUUUAUAAUCUCACUCAGGAAAAUAAUUGGUAGUUAAUUGGGGAAUGCAAAAGGGUGAAGAUACUUGAGAUUAUGCAGGAUAGGCAAAUUGGUAGGAUGCAGCGUAUUUGGCUGGCUGAAAUCCAAGGAGUACAGUUGUACAAUAAGCAGGGGUUGUGUUAGUUCCCAUAACAACUUCAGCUUAGAUAACAUUUGCUCACUUAGCCUUGACACUGAGCCAUAUCUCCAUUAACAGGUUUUUAGAAAACGGACUGAAAACUAUGAAGUACGGGACUGAUGUCCUCAGUACUGCCCUCUUGUGUUUACUGUAUUCGAAUAACUGGAGUUAACCCUGUUUUGAGAGAAAUCCUGUUUAGAUUCAGUCAUCUAACCUGGGAACCAGCGUAUCAAAAAGUGCUUCUCAAUGUAACGGGGCGAUGUCGCUGUUCUUCUAACCCUGCUGUGGGCGCUUCCCCUCUCAGUGGUUGUCUGUAGCCGAUGUUUAUUGCAGGCAAGCUGUGAUGUAAUUUGUGUUGAGGUGCUAAGAAAAUGCUGGACUAAAAUGUGGUAACAAGUUUAAACUGCACAACUGCUAGAGAAACUUUCUGAGAAAAAGUGAAGAAAAAAAAAUGAGCGUGAGAUAUUCCAGGAACUAAUUUGGUUUAGGAGAUUAAGUCAAUCUGUUAAUGGAGCAUCUGAUGUUGUGACUAAGGGAAAUGCUUCACUCCUUUGUUCUGAUGGCCCUUCUCCAAAAAACGUUGCUUUUAAAAGCAAACUAAUUGAACGGGGAGAUGAAGCAUUUUGUGUAAGCAUACAGAGAUUUCCUCAAGCCGUUUGCCACUUGUAUUUUUGCAAGAAGCAUUCCAGGUUCCAACCGCCAGGGAGCACCAGCUGGAAGCGAUGAGCGAUGCGGAUGAAGGACCCUGUGCUGUGAAGAUGCAGUCAAGCCCUGGAGCAACCAGACGAACCUCCGUGGGUUUCAAUGGAGUCGUGGUUCUGUUACCCUGGGCUAAAGCAGCUUUUUUUUUUUUUUUAAUUAACACCCAAGCAAGCCGUAUGAUUUGAAAGUUGUCCCACUUCAUUCUUUUUCACAGGAAAAAUUAAGGCUUUCAUAUGGAAUACUUGAGGUUGGGAUGAUGGUGUGUCUCCUCUGUAUGCUGUGUACGUGGCUGUCCUAACAUGCACGUGUAGUCAGCUAUACACAAGUCACGUCGGAGCGUGAUCCGUAAAGUAAGAUUUUAAUGCUUUAAGCAAGCCCCACGAGUAAAACUUUUUAGAAUGGAUUCGGUCAUUGGCAACAUACAGCUUUUAAGUGUGGACUUCAUGUGACAUUGUGGCCUUGCUGCUCUCUCUGUGAUGUUCUGCACUAUGCACUCCUCUGUGUAUGCAGCUUUGCAUGUUCUUGAUUUGACAUCUGUUUUCUAUGUCAGAGACAAACACUUUUUGAACAAAUACGCCGUUUUAAAUAAAGCUGAAAUUUUAGCUCCUUUUUAGAUCCUGGGUUAAUUGGAAGAAACAGGGUAUCAUGCGUAGAACUACAUUAUUUAAGUGUUAGACCUAAUAUUGGCCAAUACACUGAGGAGUUGAAGCAAUCAGUUAGCAACACAAUGUUCUGAAGCAUAGGGAAAGAUGCUUGCAGGAGGGGCAGUAUCAUUGUGUUGAAAUUUUUACGCAAAUUAUGGUGAAGGCUGAGGGGAAAAUUAUCAGGAAGAUAAAGUAUUUUUUCCACCUGCUAUUUCCAUUGCACUAUAUAGUUAAUAUAUUCCCAACUCUCUGUGAACUAAUUUAGCCAUAUUCUAGGAAGAGUUGGUGGUUUUGUUUGCUUUAAUGCUGGGUUGUGUGUUAUGAUGUUGUUGUUUUAUCCCGUAACUAGUCAACACUAGGGUAGUCUAGGCUGAUAGUGGCCAUGUAAUAAAAAGUCACAAUGUUUUGUAGAAAAUACAGGGGAAAACAUUUUUACUUCUGAAUUUUUGUCCUCUGUAAUUCAUCUCUUCUGGAUUUUAAUCCAUUUUUUGUGCCAGAGAAUUCAGACAUCUGCCUCAAAGGAGUCAGUUAUUGGAAAAUGACCUGUAUGCUCUUAGUGUAAGCGCAUUCUCCUGUCUCUGCUUUAAGAUAUGUCUUCAGUGUUUGAAUGCUCUUUAAGUAUUGAUUGUUGUGUUGACUAUGGCAGUGUUUGUAAUGCACCUGGAAUAUUGUUAAACUGUCAGAUUAUUUUGAAUAAAAAAAAAUAAAUCAUUUUAUCAUUUUUUUUUUUACUGGUAGUACAUUAUGGAUGUAUUUCUGUUAAUUUAAAAUGUAGCUUGAGAGAUAACAGUAUUUUUAAUUGGAAGUUGUGUAAAUAAAGCUUGCCAUAGAGGUGUUUUGGCAUAGUACCGAAUGUGAAUUUAAGCCCACAAAGGCAUUAUGUUCACAUUGUUCUUGCACACUUUAGAUUUGGUGUUUGUAGUGUCUUGUAUCUGAUCAGAUCAGAUUGUUUUCAGUUACAGUUGGAGAUGUUUCACAGAAUUAAUUAGAAAAUGUAAAGGGAGACGCUGGACACUAAAAGUAUGUAUUCCCUUCGAUCUCCCUCCCUGCCAGUGAUGCCUCUUGUUUGUUCUCUGUGCAAAACGUACAGGACAGGCAACAGCUACGUGGACAUCUUCACAGAACUGGUAACGAGGCUGAUAGGUAUUUCUGUCCAAUAAAGCUGAAAGCAGGUCUCUUCCCCAGGCUGGCGUGGUAUUCGAGUGCUGUUGUCGUUGAUGAAACCUGUCUGUUUUGAUUUUAAGCAAUAAGAGUUUGAUUUAGCAGAAUCAAUUGUCAAAAGGGAAGAUGCAUGGAAGCAUUGUCAUUCAUGUAUUCUCUGAGAAUAUACUUAUUCUGAAGACUUUCUACCUGGGUGAUUGUGAGAAUUGUGUAUAGGCUUACUUAAGGAGAGUUUGAAUUGUAUACAGUUUUGUAAAAAACAAAAACAACAUAAGUAUUUACAUACAUGGUAUUUUUGGAUAUGGGUGGAAUUUGUUGCAUAAAGUACAUUGGAAAAAUUAUACCAUUAUGAAACAUGUAAAGUAUUUUAACCAAAUCAUUUUAUGAACUAAAACUGAGACUUAUUGUGAUUCACAUGAACCUUGUACUGUUUUCUAUUUUUCUGCUGUAGUGCAUAGCCAGACUGUUCUUUUCUGUAACUCUACAGUUUCAUGGAGGAACUUUUAAAGUCUAAGUCAGUGGAUUAAGAAACCACUAAUUCCCUUUAGUUUGAUUAACAAAGUGCACAUGAUUUUGUUUAAGUAAUUUUAGCUUACCAUACAUCUAGAGCUCCAGCAGCACUCUCACCUGCCGCGAGCUCAGGCUGGUUUGAGCCUGGAUCACACAGUACUGAGCAUGAGCCUAUAACAGCAGCACAGGGAAGACAUGACCUGCACUGGCAUGUCACCAGUGGUGUUCACAGCCCAAGCUUACAAACCAUUCUCAUUGUUUUUUAACUUCAUGACGUUAACCAUUGUCAGGUAUAGGAAGACAGUGGUAGGACUGUUUAAAGUUACUUGUUGUUCAUUCUCCUCUUUUUUUUUUUUUUUUUCUCUCCAAGUAAGCUUUCCUCCAGAGUGCCUUCUUCAGUCCUUGCUCUGGUACCACAGGUGACCUCCUAGCAUCAUUGUAGAAUAAUUUAAAAUGAAACUUUGAUUUCCUAAACAAAACAACAACAACAAAACACUCGUGCCCCGUAACUGCUCUUAAAGUGCAGGUAUUGAAAAAUGCCAUCAAAAUGCCUCAAUGUGGGAAAUGCAAUUUCCCUUUUGCACUUUCUACCGUGAAGAAGUAGAAGUGGAAUUUUAGUACAGAACAUACUUUGGAGAUUAGAUAGUAGGUUUUGUGAUAUUUGCUUGUGUGUGUUUUCCAGAGAACAUUUUGGGGGCAAGGUGAGUGACAGCCAAACCGUGCACGAAGUUUUCCUUUUCUUACUGCAAUUAAUGUUGAGGCUUGGGUUUAAGAAGGUAGUGUAGUGGGAAGUGGUGAAAGUUCGUAAGAAGCACAGGACGGCUGGUCAGUUCUGCAGUGCAGAUAAUCCUGAUAUGAUCCAAAGGCUGUGAAGUCUUCAAGUAUCUCUCGGGUAGGCUGAUGCUGUCCACCUAUAUUCAUCAAAUUACAACAGGCUGUUGCAGGAUGCUGUUUGUAACGUACAUUCCUCUCCAUAGUUGCAGGCCAGAUGCUGCCUUUACUGUUUUUGUGGCAAUCUGUAAGUGAAAGCUGCAGAGAAGGUCGUCAUCAAAAGGACAAAUGUGAUUAUUUUAGCAGUGUUUGAAAGGGGAGACAAGGAAGACAGCUAAGGAUUACACAACAGAAAACAUACUUCCAGAAACGGCUUCUGUGGUCUUGUUUAAUGGAGAUGGGCCCCGUAUAUUUGGAGUUUAAUUUCUGUGUUACAUGACAUUCAACAGAAAAUAGCCACCAAGAACAAAGGUACUUUUAAAACACCUCCGUUUGAAUUGUGUACAUUGGUUCAAAUAGUUAUUUUAUUAGGAAAAAAGUGACCUAUGAACUAACUUCCAAAUAUGUGUAUUGCACCUGACUAUAAAUGAAACUAGAGUGCACAAAGGCACUUUAAUACUCUGGGAACUGUACUGGAAGAUAAACGAAAGCAUGUGAAAUUGCACCUGAUGCUGUGUUGUUAAUUGUUUUUAAAAUCUAAAGUUCUACAUUUAUUAUGCUUGAGGGAUGAAUGUAUCUAGUCUGGUGUCAGUUUCUUUGAUUCAAGUGUCUAAUGCCGUCACUCGGUCUCCUCUGAUUUGUAUGUGUUUGUAAUUUCAUUUGCUAUUUUUGCCAUUAUCGGACUGCAGGGGGUAUUGUUAAUAUUACAUGUCUUUAUUUUAUAGGACAUUGUACUAUGCUAUCUACCAACUUUUGUAAUUUAAUUAUAAUUGAUAUUUAGGGUAAUUCUAAUAGCUGUAUAUUUGGCAAAUUAUUAAAAGUUUCUGCAAGU